AGCUCAAGUCAGAUUGGUUCCAAUUUUCGCCGGUGCACAAGACGUGUGCUUCAUCAUUUCAUCCUUUUUGCUGUGCACUCCUGGUAAGGACGCACGCCCCUGAUGAAUCCUGAGGCCGGCGCGAACCAGAUGCAGUGGCCGGAGCACAUGGUCUAUUGGAUCCCAACACAGGGGACCGAAGGCCAAGGUGCCGGACCGACUUCGACUUUCACUCCUUUCCCACAACUCAUGUGGCCGAUGCGCUGGGAGCCACUGAACCCGACCCAGGGUCCGGUGCAGACCAUGCCCGGCGGAAUGCCCGGCGUGGUCCCGUCCUCUCAGGCGGCGGGGCCCCGAGCGCUUGGUGCGCUCGCAGCGCAAGCGCCGCACGCGGCGCCCAAGGCGAUGGCAGAGGUGGAGGUGAGCUGCAGCGCUUUGGUGACGCCCAGGAGCACCGAAGUGCCGCCGGACCCGGAGAGCGAUGUGCCUGAGGCGGAAGCUGAAGCAUGCGAGUGUGGAGACGCCGCCGCGGAAGCGAGGCUCAGCGCCUCUGCGGCAAGGCGCUUGCGCCGCAAGCGGGCGGCGGAGCGCGCCAAGGACCAGGGCCAGCUCACCGUAGAGCAGCUCAGGGCGGAGCUCAAGCAGAACCCGGAGCGCGCCCUGCGCCAGCUCAGGGGCCAGGUGUGGCGCCUAUCCCGGGAUGCUAUGGGCUGCCGCCUGGUGCAGGACGUGCUGGAGCUGGGCAGCCGCGAGUCCGUGGAGCUGGGCAAGGAGCUCCACGGGCACGUCCUUGAAGCAGCAGUGUGCCCGCACGCCAACUACGUGGUGCAGAAGGUGGUGUCGCACCUCUCAGUGGGCGCCAGCAGUUUCGUGGCGGAAGAGCUCCGUGGCUCCGCCGUGCGCUCCGCCAAGCACCGCUUCGCCUGCCGCAUUUUCUGUCGACUAUUGGAGUUCUGUGGCUCCAAGACCUCGCGGCUGGUGGAUGAAUUGCUCCUCGAGGUGGGCAGCCUUUGCAGCCACAGCUUUGCGCACCACGUGGUGCAGUCCAUUUUGGAGCACGGGGAGAAGAGGCACAAGAAGAUCAUUGCCCAGGCCCUGCUGGAGGACGCGUGGGGCUUUGCCACCCACAAGAACUCGAGCUACCUCAUUGAGAAGAUGCUCCUCUUUUGUGAGGAGGAGGACCAAGAGUCGCUGAUCGCCCAGCUGGGCAAGCCGGAGACGUUGCUGGAGCUGUCGACCACGCAGUACGGCAGCUACGUGGCACGGGCCCUAAUGCAGGAUGCCCGUGUGGACGCGGAUGCAGCCUUGCGCCUGAUGGCAGCGCACAAAACAGACUUGGCGGCGACAAAGCAUGGCCACCGGUUCUUAGCAGAUGUGGGCUUGGCAGAGGAAUGACUCUCCCCGCGGAAAAUGCGAUGCAUGAGACUUGUGGGCCACUGCCCGUUGAGGCGAUAACAUGUCUGCCCGUUGCGGCGUGAAUGGCGUAGUUGUGGUGCUAUGGUGUGGCAUCAUAGCUCGCAUGUACAGACUGGCUGACCGAACUUUUCUUGACAGACACAGACCUUUUUAUAACCUGUUGCCUUGCCUCGCAUUGGACGGCCGAGCAUAUCUUGCACGCACACUUGGUGCGGUGUUUCCUCCAAGGAGUUGGACAUCCGUAGCAACUCGGUGAGCCACUACGACAUGUACAGCGCACGUCCGCAACGUCACCAUGUGGCCGGCAGAAACAGAG